AUGUCUGCCCAGAACGAGAGCCGAUACGACCCUUACAUCCCCGCUGGCAACUCCAGCUCCAACCCCUCGGGCGGCGAUGCCAACUUUAGCAACUCGAAGACGGCUCGGAUCCACUCCGAGAUUGACAACACCAUCUCCAUUAUGCGCGACAAUAUCAACAAGGUCAAUGAGCGCGGAGAGAACCUAAACAGCCUGCAGGACAAGACGGACAACCUCGCCGUCUCGGCGCAAGGAUUCCGACGCGGCGCCAACCGAGUGAGGAAGCAGAUGUGGUGGAAGGACAUGAAGAUGCGAAUCAUCAUCAUCGUCGGCAUCAUCAUCCUGCUUUGCGUCAUCAUCAUCCCCAUCGUCGUCAAGACGACUUGA